CAAAUCUUGUAUGCCUUCUGCGGUAUAAAGGAUCCCAACACUGAUCUAAUCAAAUAUGUGCUCAUAAACUGGCAAGGAGAAGGAGCUCCUCUUCAACGCAAAGGUGUCUGUAUUAACCAUUUCCGUGAUGUCAACGACUUCUUCAAAGGCUCGCAUUUGACGAUAAAUGCCAGAACUGAAGAAGAGGUCGAACCGGAUGUGAUUUUAAGCAAAAUAGCAAAAGUUUCGACAAAAGUAAACCUAAAGGAGAGGUCAGAGAUCAAUGAAAACAUAAGUCCUGUCGGAACCAAUUAUCGAAGAGUUCAGCCCCAGAGAGAGAUCAGUCAAACGGAUAGAGAAGAGUUCUGGGCUAAGACUCAGGAGGAAGAGAGACUCCGACUCAUCGAAGACAAGAAGAAAUUGAAUGACAAUAGGAUUAAGUCGGAGAAGGAGAGGGAGGAGAGAGAGAUGAGAGAAGCGAAGCAAAGGGAUCUAUCGGUUCGGGAAAGGGAUGCAAACAUUAUGCAAAUA